AUGCCGUACGACACGGAGCUUCAGAUUGUUGCCAACGGCCUGGGUGAGGCUAUCAAGUGUCAUAUCUGUCACAAGGAUUUCGGCAAGGGUGAUCGCCCGUCCUGGAACCAGAAACUUCAACAUAAGCGUCUCAGCUUCAGCAUCCAAGGUUACGGGAGUUACGAUCUAAGAGGGCAACUUCUCGCUGUCUGGAAGCCUACCCCAGGAAAUGUCGCGAUGGUGACCGACACCGAAAUCACGAAGAUGUCGACAGCAGUCGCCAAUUCCCCACUCUACAGCGUGCAUCACAGCCUGGGUCACAGCACUCUUCACAAAGAUCUGUCAUUGGAGGUCCGAGAAAUGAUCUGGAAAGAAGUGCUGGGAAGCGGCCAGGACAUCAAGCUCCUCACCCAUCGGCUGUGCCCGCACCUUGACGCCAUUGAAAUCUGCAUGAUUCAAAACACAUGGAGAGACAGCCGGGAGAAGACAGAGGUCCCACUUCUGCAGGUGUCCAAGCAGGUACAAAUGGAAGCCCUGGGAGUCUUGCUCAUGAACAACUUCAUAACCGUCGUCGAUGUCGCGCCGGCCCUGGGAGCUUUGAUGGAUCUGGAACCAGGUUGCAGCCAGAAGCGGAAGAACCUCCCGCAAGAGAUUGGUGCAGCGGGAAUGGAAGUUCUCAUGAAUACUUUCCAACCCUUCUGUCACCGUAUUCGAGGCAUGCGAAUUGCCACGUUCUUCGACACCGAUUGCAUUGACAUGCCGUUGCUGCCAAAGGGACAGAUCGGCGCCAACGGAACAUACGCGAAGCCUUGCGGCGGUUUGCGCACCGAACCACAGACGAGCCUCAUGAACCCUAACAUGACGGGCAUCUUCAGCAAUCUUCGAAGCCUCACAAUCUAUAUUGGCUGUCUCGGGUACAACGACGACAGAAAGAUGCCACGCCUCCUUGUCGAAGAGGAGUUUGUAUAUUUGUUCCGCCGUCUCAAAGGCUUCAAGCUCACGCAUUGUGAGAUUGAGUUCGACGAGUGGUUCGGUGAAACAUACAUGCAGAAGAUGAUGAGAAUGCUUGGGCGCAAGAGUUACCGCAAAAUCGAUCGGGUGUGCUGGCGUCGCGCCCAAGGCGAGGUUACUUCUCCCGCUCUUCUGAGAAAGCUCCACCGACUCGCUUUCGAUGCUCUCACCGAGGACAAUACGAUGGAAGGACACGAGAUCGAAUAUGUGCCUGUGAAGGCAAAACCUAAGCCGAAAUAUUAUGAUUCCUCCAGUGACGACCUGACAGAUGACUAUGACGACUGGUACUCCACCGACCACUAUCCCUCCAAUUCGGACACUCCUGAAGAAGAAGAAAGGGAAGAGGAAGAAAGCGAGCAAGAGGAAAGUGAGGAAAUAUGUUCCUGUGACAAGGAUGAUGAAUCUGGCUCUGCAGGUGAGGAUGGACAUGAGGAGGUCAACGCCGGAGAAGAUGCAGUUGAGAAGCCUGCGGCAGAACGUGCACAUGAAGAGGCCGAGGCACAUGUUGCAGAUGAGGUUGAGGCACCUGCAGUUGAAGACGAAGGAUACACUGCGGACCAGGAGUAA